AAGGGAUGCAGCCUCUGUUGCUGUCACCGCACUAAAAGGAAGCGACAAAGAGGAGCUCUCUUCCAAUUGAGGGAUAGGGGUGGAUUGCAAGAUGAGCCGUGCAGGGAGAUGUAAGGAUUUAGGAGCGCUCAGUGCAGCCCGGAUCAAAGGCUGAGCCGGGACAGCUGUGCCCCUACAGGAAACCCACACCGAGUGGGUGCACAGGGACAGAGGUGACAACCUGCUGCAGUGCUGGGGGACACAGAGGAGCGGGAUGGAGCCGGGAUGGAGCUGGAACAGCACUCACAGCAGUCAGACCACGCACAGCACGGAGCUGCAAAGCUCCCAGCCCCCAGCGGGGACCCCCAACCGGACCCUGCUGCAGGGCCGGGACGAGCAGCUGGCCAGGGCAGAGGUGGGGGUGCUGGCAGCCAUCCUGCUGGUGGCCACCACGGGCAACCUGGCCGUGCUGCUGGCUGUGUGCCGCCGCGGGAGGAAGCUGAGCCGAAUGCACCUCUUUGUGCUGCACCUGGCACUCAGCGACCUGGGCGUCGCGCUCUUCCAGGUGCUGCCUCAGAUGCUCUGGGAGGUGACGUACCGCUUUGCAGGGCCGGAUCUGCUCUGCAGGGCAGUGAAGUACCUGCAGGUGCUCAGCAUGUUCGCCUCCACCUACAUGCUGAUGGCCAUGACGCUGGACCGCUACGUGGCCGUGUGCCACCCGUUGCGCACCCUGCGCCAGCCCGGCCGCCAGCCCUGCGCCAUGGUUGGGGCUGCGUGGCUGCUCAGCUGCCUGCUCAGCACGCCCCAGAUCUUCAUCUUCUCCCUGCGGGAGGUGCGGCCGGGCUCGGGGGUGCUGGAUUGUUGGGCCGACUUCGGGUACCCGUGGGGCGCCCGAGCCUACAUCACCUGGACCACGCUGUGCAUCUUCCUGCUGCCCGUGGGCAUCCUCACCGCCUGCUACAGCCUCAUCUGCCGCGAGAUCUGCAAGAACCUCAAAGGCAAAACGCAGAGCUGCACCCCCGUGGCAGGAGGGCUCCUUGCAGCCUCCCCCAGCGCCCCGUGCUGCAGUCAGAAGGGCUCACAGUGCCCCUCCGGGCAGCCCUCGCGUGUCAGCAGUGUGCGCACCAUCUCCCGCGCCAAGAUCCGCACGGUGAAGAUGACUUUUGUCAUCGUGGUGGCCUACGUCGCCUGCUGGGCACCCUUCUUCAGCAUGCAGAUGUGGUCGGUGUGGGACGAGGAUGCUCCCGAUGACGAGUCCGCCGACGCAGCCUUCACCAUCACCAUGCUGCUGGCCAGCCUCAGCAGCUGCUGCAACCCCUGCAUCUACAUGUUCUUCAGUGGGCGCCCACUGCAGGACGCGGCACGUUGCCUGGCCCUAUGGGGCUGCCCCCCAUCCGCACCACGCAGGCAGGGCUCGGCCGGCAGCCUGUGCAGCAGGAGGACCACCAUCCUCAGCCACGGCCUCAGUGCUGGCAUCCCCCUGCACAGGGGCAGCGGCACCGACCUCAGCCCCCCUGAGGAGGAAGCAGUGACUGAAUCGGGCACACUGUAGGCUGUGGUGCUGCUGUGACACCGUGGACAAUGGCACUGCAGAGCUGUCUCCCCUCCCGGUAGCACUGUGUUUCAGUGGAAGCUUAACCCAGAAUGCAUCACCAUCCUUCUUGUCCUCGUGGGUUCUGCUCCUGCAUGCGCUGCAUCUGCUGUGUGCAUCAGGAGAUGGAUGCAGCCCUCCAGCCAUUGCUCCAUGUGCAGUGUUCACCUCCCCGUGCACUGUGCUCCCCUCUGUGUACAUUACCCAGACAUCUGCAGAGGGGUGCUGCAUCAGCACAUCUUUUAGGAGAGACCCUUUUAUGAGAGUUUUGGGUGUUUAACAGCUGCCAGAAAAGCAGUCUGAGCACAGCAAGAGGCACUGCAGCCACAUCUGCUCCAGAGCUCCUUGCAGCCGCAUUGCCUGUCUCCCAGCCUCGUAGCUUUGCUGGUGGAGCAACCAAUGCAAACGGCUUCCUCCUGCCCUGUGGCUCUGCACAUGUUCCCAGGGCUGCAGCAUGCACGGCCAC